CAUCGUCGUCUCCAAUUGGAGACCUCCAAUCCCCGAAACCGACUAUUACUGUUCAUUAAACAAGAGCUCUGAUAACUCAAAUUAUCAAAUUACAAACUCAGGAAGAAAAAUGAUGAAGAUGUUGAGGGUCACAAGAGUAGCCUCUUCCACUGUAUGUCUCAGUUCUAGAAGCUCGUUAGCUCGAUCAGACAACCUGUCGAUCCCCUUCAUUUCUCAACAGAACCCGUAUCAACGGUCUUCCGUUCGCUUCCUUGACAUCUACCAGUUCGUAAACAAGGCUGCAAUUGAGAAAGAACGCAAGAGGCUUUCAGAUGAACUCAGCAGGGGUUAUUUCGCUGACAUGUCAGAAAUGAAGGAACAUGGGGGUAAGAUCGCAAUGGCUAAUAAGAUUAUAAUACCGGCAAUAGCAGCUGUAAAAUUUCCUGCAUUAGAGGUGAAUCACUCUAAUAGCUCCAGCCUUAAACUGCCCAUUACGUGCUAUGGAAAAGAUUCCACCGAUGCAAAUGUUAGAAAUGAUCACACCGAUGCGAAUCUGCCAAGGGCAUCAUUGUUGUGUCUUUCUUUCCGUGCAAGCUCAGAGCCAAUGAUACAUUCUUGGAGUGUGCCAUUCGUUGAUGCUUUUAAAGAUUCAAAUAAGGUCCACUUGUAUGAGAUAUCCUUUGUAGAUUCAUGGUUAUUAUCACGCAAUCCAAUAAAAAAGCUCCUUCUUCAUGUGAUGAGGAAACCCAAACCUGAGCAUCAGGAGGGUGGUGUAUUGCAAAGACGGGUGGCGUACUCUUUUGGUGAUCAUUAUGAGUUCCGAAAAGAACUCAAAAUACUGAACCUUCUAACAGGGUACAUAUAUUUGGUGGACAAACAUGGUAGAAUAAGAUGGCAGGGUUGUGGUUCUGCUACACAAGAAGAGAUUUUGUCACUCUUGUCAUGUACCUCGCUCUUAUUGGAAGAGGGGUGAAUUAAAGAUGGUCCUCAACACAUUCUUUUCCUAUCCUUUAAUCAGGCUGUUGGGCUGAAAUAUACUCAGCAGAAAGGAAGUUGGCUGUUAUAGGGGCUGAAAUAUAUCAACAGAUUUUGUCACUCUUGUCAUGUACCACACUUUGUACGUUUUGUUAGAAAAGAUUCCUUUAGGGUAUGUUUAAGAGUUUGGAGGGAAAGGGAGGGGAAGACUUUGAAGAUAUGUUGUUGGAGGAAAAAGGGAGGCGAAGGUGAGAAAAUCUUCUUUCGCAUUUAGGAGUAAUUAAAUUUGGAAGAGACUCUUUGAUGGAAUUAUAAUUAAAAUCGCUUUGAUAUAUGAC